AUGGCACGCACAUUCCUUCUUUCCACAGCCCUUCUGGCACUUGGCGUCUCGGCGCAAACUUCCUCCAAAUUCACAGACGAGAAGACUGGCAUCACCUUCAGUGGUCUUCACCACUCUUCGGGCUACAGGCUAGGCUAUGCCCUUCCGGAGAAAGCUACUACCGACUUCAUCGUCCAGGUUCAAGCUCCGAUCACCAACGAUGGUGGUUGGGCUGGAUUCAGCUUGGGACAAUCCAUGACUGGCAACUUGCUGGUUGUUGCUUGGCCUCACGAGGGCGAAGUCAUCGCCUCCUUCAGAGAAGCAACUGGAUACACGAACCCAGCUGUCAAGACUGGUGACUUCACCAUGUCCCCAAUCCCCGACGGAACCUUCGUCAACGACACCGCCUUUUCAUACACCUUCCUGUGCUCGAACUGCAUCAGCGAGGACCCAAAGACCGGUCUCGUCAUCUACGAGGACCCUAGCGUAAACAUCAUGGGCUGGGCUUACUCUAACAAGGCGCUUGCCGACUCUACCGAUGCUGGUGCGGCUCUCAACUACCACGACGCUGGUUUCGGAGCUUUCGGACUUCCCAUGAGCAACGCUACCAGCCCCGACUUCGAGAAGUGGGCUGCUAUGGCGGUGGCUAGCACCCCUAGCGGGGGCAACUCUACCACACCCGGAGGCAAUUCGACCGCGCCAGCAGCCCCCGUUGCUGGAAACACAACAGCCACCGUCGCUAACUCUACAUACGACUACAUCGUCGCCGGAGGUGGUGCUGCUGGUAUCAUCGCAGCUGAGAGGCUUGCAGAGAGCGGUGCGUCCGUCCUCCUGGUCGAACGUGGUGGCCCAUCAUACGCUUUCACUGGUAAGACUGAGGUCAUGCCAUGGAACGACACUGUUUCGAUGUACGAUGUUCCAGGCUACGGUUACUCCCUCAGCGAUGUCGGCAGCCCCGCUUACUGCGCCGACACCGCCGACAUGGCUGGCUGCCUCCUAGGUGGUAGCACUGCCAUCAACGCUAUGAUGUACGUCAAGCCUCAAGAGCGUGAUUUCGACGACAAGUGGCCUGCUGGCUGGAAGUGGGCUGAUGUCGCUGAGGCGGCUGAUCGUCUGUACGAGCGCAACCCUGGACAAACUUACGGCUCAGAAGACGGUAUCCGCUACGACAACGGUGCCUACGAUGUCUUGUCGCAGUUCUUCGCUGGCCAGGGAUGGGCCGAGACCGACUUUGUAAAGAACCCCAACGCCAAGGUCGAUGUCUACGGCCACCCUACCUGGAACAUCGCCAAUGGUCUUCGCUCCGGUGUGGUCAGGACUUACCUUCCCCUUGCCCAAAAGCUCAACAACUUCGAGCUGAUGAUGAACACCAACGUCGUUCGCGCUGUUCGUGAGGGAUCGGCUGUCUCUGGUAUCGAGGUUGAGACUGCAGACGGCAAGCGCGUUAUCUACAACGUCAAGUCCGGAGGCAGUGUCAUCCUGGCUGCCGGAUCCAUGUCUACUCCCCGUAUCCUCUUCAACUCUGGUAUCGGUCCCGCCGACCAGCUUCAGACUGUUGCCAGCGGCAGCAGCGGUGUCACACUUCCCGAUGAGGCUGACUGGAUCGACCUCCCCGUCGGUGCUGAGAUCAAGGACCACCCUAUCUUCACUGUCAAGUUCAACACCAGCACUCCCCUCUCCGGAACGGACGAGAAGGCUCUCACCAGCCCCAACCAAACCACCAUUGACCUGUUCGCUAAGGGCUCUGGUGAGCUCGCACAGUCCGGUCAACGUCUUAACUGGUGGUCAUCUGUCAACACCACUGACGGCAGCGAGAUUUUCUUCCAGGGUACUUGCAACUCGCCUGCCGACAACACCAUCCAGAUGAAGGUUUACAUCACCCACGGUCUGCAGUCUGUCGGUAGCCUUGGUAUCACAGCUGAUGGCGCCACUACCUUCAUCACCGACCCCCACAUGACCUCUGACGUCGACACUGAGGCCAUCACGAUGAUGAUGGACCGUUUGAUUGCCAUGACACAAGGUGGCAACUCCACCCUCUCUUUGAUUGCUCCUGCCGGUGUUUCCAACGUUACUGGCGCAGACCUUAUCAAGUCUUUCAAGACCGGAAGCCACUACGUCGGUACCGCUAAGAUGGGAACCAAGGGUGAUGCUGGUGUUGUUGUUGACACUGACACCAAGGUUUAUGGUACUGACAACCUGUUUGUCGUCGAUGCUUCCAUUCACCCCGAUCUCCCUACCGGUAACACCCAGGCGAUCGUCAUGGUUGCUGCUGAGGCCGCUGCUGCCCGCAUCCUUGCUCUUGGUGACAGCCCCGCCAGUGGCACUGCUCCCACUACCCCUGAGGCCACACCAGAGGCAGCUAGCUCCAGUGUACCAGGUGCGACUCCCGUAGUCUCUGCUGCUUCUUCUGCAGCACCCAUCGGUACCGGCUCGCCUGCGGCCCCAUCUGCUGCGCCUGUAGAAUCUGCGGCACCCAUCGAGUCAGCAGCGCCUGCUGAGUCUGCCUCUCCCGUUGCGUCUUCCCCUGCCGGAUCAUCGACCCCUUCGGCACCAGCCGAGUCUGCCCCUGCUACGACCCCAUCUCCCGCUGAGCCUGCCCAGCCUGCCCAGCCUAGCACCGCCGGUGCCUACGAGCGCUGCGGCGGCAUUGGCUUCACUGGCCCUACUGCAUGCGCCAGCGGCUGGAAGUGCGUGGCCCAGAACGACUACUACUCCCAGUGCCUUCAAUCAACUGACUCCAACCGCGGCCGCUCUGAGCCUGUAUCCCGCCGCCAUGACACCUUGACCAGGCGCGCCAUGGUUGGCCACAAGCCAGUCAGCCCCGUCGUUGUCCACGAGCACAUCCACUCCCGAAAGCUCGGAAGGGCUAGCUUCUUGGACUCUUACCAGUCCUAG